CCGACUCGUCGCCCCGGCUUCACCGGCGGGAGUGCAGGGAGGGCCACCGGGUGAGGCGGAGAGGGCGGCGGCGGCGGCUGGAAGGGGGGGGGGGCGACGAUGGCCGCUCGGCGGCGGGGCGAUCUAACGGCAGCAGCGACCUCGACCUGAGCCGGUGAGGGGUCCCCGGCCGCGCGGCUGCUCAGGCGGGUCAGGAGCCGGUUGCCAUGGAUUCCGGCUGACGCGCAGGCGCAGCCGUCAACUGCCGUCCGCGUCCCCGCCCCCGCCCCCGCCAGGCGCGUUCCCGAGCGGCCGCACCCGCGCUCCCGACCGAGGGGAUUUGAACCCGCCGCUCCGGGAGUCCGCGACCAGCCGCCUAACAGACCGGAGGUGUGUACAUUGGGACAUUUACAUCAGUCAGUUGUAUGUGUUGCAGCUGAACUGGUUUUGCAGUUAAUCUGGCUGUUUGCUGGCUAUGGGAGAUUGGAGAGUAAAAACCAUGCCAGUACCAGAACCAUCACCAGAUAGGAAAGAAUUUGUUUAUCACUGCACAUCCCGAUCAAGAAUGUCUCCCUGCAAUGGCAUCAUUGAAUCACUACCUUUAAAUGGCAGUCAUAAUUUGAGUUUGUUUUGCACAAAAGAGAAUGUAGAACAAUGCAUAGCUUACCUCAAUCAGGAACUCGCUACCUUGGGUUUUCCGUCUUUUUACACGGAGGAGGCACAGCAAGAACUGAACCUGGUGUCCAUUUUAAAUUGCACAUAUGAUCUUUUACAACUUCACCGCAAGAAUCUCCGUGCACUAGAGGACAUGGAAACACAACAUCUGAAGUCCAGCAGUGAUAUGGACCACUUGUACCAUAGCCAAGUUAAACUAAAGGAUCAGCUGGAGUCCUCCCGAAGAGAGGUUGUAUCGUUUCAAGAGAAGGACAGACAGCUGCAAUUGAAGAACAGAGCUUUGCACAAUUUACUGAAGAAUGAAAAGGAGGAGAUACAAAAAUUACAAAAUAUAAUAGCAAGUCGUGCAACUCAGUACAACCAUGACCUGAAGAGAAAGGAACGAGAAUAUAAUAAACUGAAAGAACGCCUACACCAGCUUGUAAUGGACAAGAAGGACAAGAAGCUGUGUAUUGACAUCCUUAAUUAUGUGGGGCGUUCUGAUGGACGACGGAGUGCUUGGCGAACCGGCAAAACAGAAGCCAGGAAUGAAGGGGAAAUGUACAAAGUCCUUAUCAAUAACUACGAAAGACAUCAUAAAGAACUAAUGGUGGAAAACAUUGAACUAAAACAAGUUCUCCAGCAGAUGAAGAAAGAAAUGAUGUCCAUACUUAAUCGUAGAAAGCAGAGGCCAAAAGAACCAUUGGAAGAUAGCAGUGGUAUAGCUGGGUCAGACAACGAAGAGGAUUCACGUGAAUCAAAUAAAGAAAACAGCUUGGAGCUGUCGUGUGACGAGGUGCGGGAGCAACUCACCAAUAGCAUUCGGCAACAGUGGAGAAUGCUGAAAAGCCACGUGGAGAAACUGGACUCUCAAGCCUCCUUGAAGUCUGAUUUUCUGGAAGACGACGAAGUAAUCAGCAAAGAAGCUCAUGAGCAAGAAAUGGAGAAACUGAAGGUAGAAAUUCAGCAGUGCCGGGAUGUGAUCAAAGCCCAGCAUCAAUUGUUGCAGCAACAGCUUAGUACGCAGUGUGAUGAUGAAACAUCUGUACUACUGCGGGACUGCUACUUGCUGGAAGAGAAGGAACGGCUGAAAGAAGAGUGGAGAUUGUUCAAUGAUCAGAAGAAAAAUUUUGAAAGAGAGAGAAGGAACUUUACAGAAGCAGCUAUUAGGCUGGGUCAUGAGAGGAAGGUCUUCGAGGAAGAUCGAGCGACGUGGUUGAAGCAGCAGUUCUUGAACAUGACUCCAUUUGUGGAGAGCAAAAGGCCAAAAAUAAUGAAGCCACAAAGUGCCUUGUCUAUUAGUCCAGAGCAGGAGAAGCACAAGCUACAGUCCCAGCCAAAUAUGCCUGCUUGCUUCGGACCUAAUAGUACACCUGAACCUUCAAAAAAUACCAAAUUUUCUCCAUUGAAGAGUGCCGCAUCCACUGAAUCGGGUCGAAUAGGAUGUUUCACUACAGGCUCAAGCUCAAGACAUGUACCAAAAAGAGGUGUGGGGAGUUCUGAAAUGAACAGGAAUAGUAAUGGAAUCUCUCAUGAAAAAUGGAGGAGCAUCCCAAAGGCAGACCCUGAUCUCGUACAUUUCAACGGGUCCUUAACGUUUUGGAACAAUUCACAGGAAGAAGGGGAUUUGGAUGAAAAUUCCCUUCAAUCUGCAAAUGAACCCAGUCUCAAGUGAUUGGAGGGGAAGACAGAAACUAUUACUCCAGAUUCUGUAAUGUAAUCCAGGGUCCUUGGAAUAAUGCACUUGCAUUUAUACCCAGCGUGGUGGCAAUUGAACUGGAGUUCACUUCAGGCAGCACUUUGUAUGUUGAGUGGAAACUGUUGCAGAUCAUAAGAAGCCUGGCUGACUUUUGUUUUUAGUUUUUCAUUGGUGCACUAGGUUUACACAAGUUGGGUCUGAAUUAUCUCAUUUUAAAUACAUAGUUUUUGAUUUCUCUUUUGCUGUUGAUUUUAUGUAGAUGCAUUUUUUAAUUUUCAAAAAAAUUAGUUUUGAUUUUGAUUUGUUGAUGUAAGUAAUGUGAACCACCACAGCACCUGGGAUUACUUUAUUUUUUUUUGUAUUUGAGGCCUGAAGAAAUCUUGCACAUGUCAGAUCAUCACUACAGGCAGCAGUUGCUCAACUCAAUCAGGUCCUUGUAAAGUGUUCUGAGAGAAAUUUAAUGAGGAAGUUUUUUUAAGAUAGAUAGAGAUAUAUAUAUAUUUAGGUUCUGCUUUAAAUGUAGCACAUGAAUUUUUAGUCCUUGAAAGAUGGGAUAACAAUAAAUGUGUUCCCAGCUGGUGUAUCACAUAAGUUUAUUCAAGACUUCGUACUGUUGCUUUGUGCCACUGCUUUGGAGGUGUUUUGAGAAGUGAAGUGUGUUUUGAAUCAUGGGGAAGAAUCAUAAAAUCUUAGAGGGGCUCUUUCAGUUGCCCAAUUUAGUCAGCACCAGUGCUUUCAUCCUAUAACACUGCAAAUUAGUCAGCUACCUAUUUAUUUUCCUUUGGAAGGCUGUUAGAAUUUGCUUCCAUCACUCUUUCGGAUAGCUUCAGAAUUCAGAUCUUAACCUGCAAUGAAAGAAUUACGUAAAGAUACAGUUGCCUAACACUGAUAGAAGUAUACAAGAUUAUGAGAGGCAUGGAUAUGGUGGAUGGUCAGAAUCCUUUUUUCCCAUGGUGCGGCCAUCAAAAACAAGAGGGCACAGGUUUAAGGUGAGAGGAAGGAGUUUUAAAGGUGACUGGAGGAGUAAGUUUUUUUUUCUUACACAGGAUGGUUUAUAUUUGGAAGGCACAGCCAGAGGAGGUAGUGGAAUCAGAUACAAUUGCUACCUUUAAGAGGCAUUCAGACUGAUGUUUAAGGCAUAGAAGAAUGUGCCUGAUAUUUUGGUGUAUGUGGGUAUGGAUGAGGUGGGCUGAAAGGGCCCCUUUCUGUGCGGUAUCAAGUUGUUUGGGACGUCAUGGUGCGACUGUACAAGUCAGUGGUGAGAUCACGUUAGGAGUAUUAGGAAUUAGGAUGUCAUAAAGCUGGAAUUGGUGCAGGGAAGAUUUACAAGGCUGUUACUGGGACUGGAGAGCUUGAGUUCCAAGGAGAGACUGGGACUUUUUUGGUAAAUUGGUUUAUUAUUAUCACAUGUUAUGAGGUCCAGUGAAAAACUUUGUUUUGCAUGCUGUCCAUACAGAUCAUUUCACCACAUCAGCACAUUGAGGUAGUACAGAGUAAAACAAUACAGAAUGCAGAAUAAAGUAUUACAGUCACAGUGAAAGUGCAGUGCAGGCAGACAAUAAGGUGCAAGGCCACAAUGAGGUAGAUUGUCAGGUCAAGAGUCCAUUUAUCGUACUAGGGGACUGUUCAGUAGUCUUAUAACGGCAGGAAAAGCCCGGUGGUACAUGCU